AUGCGACCACAGAUUCUCCUCCACCCUCAGUUGAGGACAGCAUUGCCUCAAUGUGCCCAAAGAGGCUUGCGCAACCAAAUAUGGGCCCGGUUCAAGUCACAAGUGCCCAUGCCAUCCAAGAAGCAUGACUUUGUCGGAUCUUUGCCCAAAGGCACGGUCACACGGGUGCCAGAAACGCCGUCGGAAACAUCGCGACCAGAUCCCCCACAACCGGAAUCACCCCCAAAGACCGUUAUGCGAAAAGGUCCCCCGGAACGGAUCUUGGUCUACUAUGGAGGAACCGGCCGAGCCAUUUAUCUUGGAAUGUUGCGGGUUUCUACUUUCAUUCUCUUCGGCACAGCCUGUCUUAUCAUUGCUCCGGCUUGCUAUUCAGCAGACUAUCCGUGGUAUACUCUGCCAGCUAUUGUCGCGGGUGGUGCCCUGCCAAUGGUCUUUGUUGCAUAUACCGCUGCACCAUAUGUGAAUUUUGUUCAUCUGGCACUUCCUGCCUUUGCUCGGAAAACUCGAGAGACGGCUAUCUAUUAUGCAAAAGACCUGCCCCCGACGGCUGUCUUGUACAUCACAACCACACGGUUUAAUACCAUUCCUCGUCAGACCGCUGUGCGAAUGGGGGACAUUCUUCCUGGGAGACAGAAGUACCGUCCGAUCAGCUUCUCGAAUUUAAACCCUGCACCCCGACCAUGGUACCGCGGCAAAGCCCCUGCUCAUUUUUUCACCUCCUCACAUAGCCGUCCGGGGAGGCAGUCGACGGCCUUUUACCCUGAGCUUUGGCAGCAUAUCUACCCCCAGAUACAAAGAAAUGGGCUUCGCCGCUCUUAUUGA